AAUUGGAAGCAGGCGAUAAUUUGAAAACGUAUGCACAAGUAAAUGUUGGGAGUAAAGUAAUGAUUGGGAGUGCAUAGGAAAGCGUAUCUCUCGCUCUCUCUCUGUAAGAAUAAGUAUAUUGCACGGCGCAGCAGCAACACAACCGAUGUUGUAAUAGUGGUAAAGAGCAGACUGCUGAGCCAGUAUCAACACCACUAAUGGGUUCACUGCAAACAACAAUACAGCAGGUGUCACGCGUGAGUUUCACACUAACAGUUGAGUAGUGCGAGCAGCAUUUUAAAGCGCAUACAGAGGGGAGCUAAAGCUGGUGGAUGCUGACCACGGUUUACGGUAUGAUGUCUUGCAUUUUUAUGUGACAUCACAUUCUUUAAAAAAUGUUAAUGAUUGUACAACCUGAGGGUCCAAACCCGCUUCCUUGAUAAAUCCAGAGGAGAUGGAUCGUCUUCCUCUUUGAAGAUUCUGGCAGAGACCAUCCAGGGAAUAAUCUUCAUGAACUUGACGUUGCCCCCCCACCCCCUCCCUCUUGUGCCGUCACAAGCAGUGUUUAUUUUGAUUCCCGCAAAUGGGAUUGGUUCCUGAUGUGUUUUGCCUCGCCUGGCUACUGGAGCGUCUCGCCGCCACGCAGAGGAAGCGCUUAUUAUGUGCCGCAUUUGGUUCCCUAACCGAGGGGAUGAAUCUCAUUUGUCUCAGUUGGUGGCCAAGAAACAUUAGAAUUCUACCACGGCGAUGAAGCCCUCCACAAUCCGGAGGCAUCGGUUGCUGCAUUUCUUAGCCAUUUCAGAUCACAGAUAACCUUUUCAAAGUAUGUUAAAGUCACAGUGUCCCUGACUGCUUAUUGUCUUCAUGCAUCUUCCUUCUGUUGUGACCCCCUCCUGCAGUGGGUGGUGUGCGGACACAAAUGACCAUGGAGCGCACAAGCAGGAGGAUAUCUCAGCAACAAAGCUCCUGGAAUGUACAGUUUUAGGGGAGGCUCGCGUGUCCUGGUGUGGAAGUGUGAAAGCUGUCAGACGGGGGGGCUAUGACUCAUGGAUGGCGUCACCAAGGCACUGCAGUGGUCCAGAGUCAUGGGAAUAUGAAUGUGUAUGUAGAGGUGAGGCAUCAUGGGGAAACACAACAGCAAGCUGGCCCCGGAGGUCCUGGACGACCUGACCAAGAACACGGAAUUCAACGAGGCCGAGCUCAAGCAGUGGUACAAAGGCUUCCUCAAAGACUGCCCGUCCGGCAUCCUCAAUCUGGAGGAGUUUCAGCAGCUCUACGUCAAGUUUUUCCCAUAUGGCGACGCCUCCAAGUUUGCCCAACACGCUUUCCGGACGUUUGACAAGAACGGCGACGGCACCAUCGACUUCAGGGAGUUCAUCUGCGCCCUGUCCAUCACCUCCAGGGGAAGCUUUGAGCAGAAACUCAAUUGGGCCUUUAACAUGUACGACUUGGACGGCGACGGCAAGAUCACACGCAUGGAGAUGCUGGAGAUCAUCGAGGCUAUCUACAAAAUGGUCGGCACGGUGAUCAUGAUGCGCAUGAACGAGGACGGCCUGACCCCGCAGCAGCGCGUGGACAAGAUCUUCUCCAAGAUGGACAAAGACCACAACGAUGAGAUCUCCCUGGAGGAGUUUAAGGAGGCCGCCAAGUCAGACCCCUCCAUCGUCUUACUGCUGCAGUGCGAUAUGCAGAAGUAGACGGCCUGCGGUGGCGGUGGGGGAGUAUGAGGGGGAAAGAGAGGAAACCGGGGGGUGUAUUAGAGGACGGGCUUCUGGGUUGUGGAGGACGAGGACGAGAAUCUCUUUCCCAGCGGUAAUUUCUCAAUACAGCGAACAUGAGGUUCAUGUAAAUCAUGGACUAUUUAGAAAAACCAGCGCAUCCACUGUUGCUUCUGAUAGGAAAAGGAGGAUAAAAGUGAAGUGUGUGUAUGUUGGAGCGGAAUCAGUCAAAUCCCCUCCCACUUUGAAGAGCGUUUCCAAAUAGAUUAGAACAUGACGUCGGCAGGCAGGCUUAAAGCCAAACUUCAUUAAACGUUCAUUAUGUCAUCAAAGUACUGCAACAAUUUGAAAUCUCUGGCACGAUAGCCGUGACGUUUACAUUAUUUGGCCAUUAUAGUGGCUUAAACGUCAUUGUUCGCAAUCUGUUGUUGUUGCUAUUUUCUAUUUCCUUCCACCUUCAGCUCAAAAGCGUUUACACGUUGACUCGUUUCACUCAAAUAGGCCAUCUGAAGCAUUUACCAACCUCGUGUAACCACAACAUGUGACAAAAAAUAUGUCGAUAACUUGAGAAAACAGCCUGUUCAUGUUAAUAUUGCAAUAUUACGGCGCUAGAAAUGUUUUCAGCGCGGAGGAGGCCACCUUAGCAGUCUAAAGUGCGCCUAAAAGCAACAGUAACGGUAUAACCAUGUUAUCUAACGUUACCUGCAAAGGCCAAAGCUGCCUCCAUGAUUUAUCGUGGUUUCAACGCUCCGUCCGCUUUUCCGCUCGUUUUGUUGUUUUUCUUCCUCUGCUGAAAUGCCAGAGAGGAAGCACUUUGAUAAAAGAUGCAGGGAGAGCAACUUUGUUCAACUCCGCUCUGAUCUGAAAGAAAAAAAAAUCAAUGUGGGGGGAAAAAUAGCAAAAGGUUAAAGAGGGAACCCUGACGUGCAUGUACGUAUGAUCAGCAUGCAUGCUUGAAAUACACGGCUUGCAAAUGUCCGACUAUCUAAAUAGUCCUCAAGAGCAGCAGGAAUUUGUCUCUCCUCCUCCUCCUCCUCUUCCUCCUCAAUGAUGGCCUCUUAUGUUUGAUAAUGUAAUUACUAUAAUAUUAUAUGUACAUUUAACAAUGGUAUUUAUGAUGACUAUAAACAAAUGUAAAAUGUACUUCUAGCUUAGAACUACUUUCAUAAGACAACACAGCUACAAUGUGUGUGUGUGUGUGUGUGUGUGUUUGAGAGAGAAAGUGUGUGUGUGUGUGCUGGAGACUUUUGCAAGUGUUUUGUAUUUGCAUCAUUUGUGUUACAAGAGCUAGUUCAGCUUUGUACAAAUAUGUGUGUCUGCAAACGGUCACACAGUAUUAUUAUUCUUCAACUUGCUUUUGUGGUCUGCUGGUACACAGAGUGUGUGUGUGUGUGUGUGUGUGUGUGUGUGUGUGUGUGUGUGUGUGUGCGCGCGUGUGUGAUGUCUUAUGUAUGGGAUGUGUCGUUUUGUUCACCGUGGCCUGCUAUUCUUCAAAAUAAAUCCUGCCAUAGAUAAGUCAUGGUUUUAGGACAGGACAGCUGCUCGUGAGGGGAUACAGAGAUGUGACUCACAGCGCCACACAGUGGACGGAAGCCGCACGUCAAGAUGACUUAUUGCAGUAGUAUACAGUCCUGGAGUUUUCUUUUGUUGGUAUACCGAUGAUCAGUCAUGACUCUCCCUGAACAAAUAAAUCAGUAACAGACAUUUCUUUCUAUGUUUAACCAAAUAAACUUGGUUUACCAGCGAUAUUCGGAUCAUUUUCGCAUGAGAGACAAACAGCAGUUAUUUUUGGCAAAGCAAAAUAAACCCCAAAAGUGGCUCUGUGUGCAUCACAUGCAACAAAAUGUGGACGGCAUGUUUGUUUUGUGAGCGAGUAAACUACUGCAAUAAACGUGCAUCCAGAAAGUGCACCGUGGUACCCUAGUUUUGUUAGAUUUCUGCUGAUUUGUUAAAUAAUCCCUCAGAGUGGCCCCUUUGCGGAUUAGAAGGGGUGGCGGCGGCGGUGGUGGUGGGGGGGCAGCCCUCAUCAGCACCACUUGAACCCACAAAGAAGAAACAUUCAGUUUCCUCUCAAAAAAACAAAAGGGCACUUUUUUCCCUUGUCUUAUAAUUAGUGUUAAGACUCUAGCUCAAAACUCCGGAGAAAAGAUCAUAUUUAAAUGUGUGGGGCCUCUAUAGUACAAAACCCCAUAGAGAAACAUCAACAUUUAAUUGCCAAAGAUGGCCUUGUUGUGGGUGGUUUUUGGGGGUCACACAGAGCUACCAAUAACAGGAUGCAUCAUGCACUAUGACCAGAAAUGCUUAUGAAAUAUGAUGUUUAUUUAUGUUUAGGACUGGGAAUCAUUUGUGCUCAGCCGUGCAAUAUACACCUGCACUUGGACAUCUCUUGUCAAAUGUCUACACGUCUCAUCAUCAGAUGCUUGUUUGUUUUCAAUAUGGUUAGAAACGAAAAAAAAAAGAUAAUGUAAUUAUUUUUGUUACAUGGAUUAAAACACAUGGAUGUUGAAACGCC